ACGGGCGCUAUAAAUAGCAGGUUCAGACUCGGCCCCUCUGCUGCUGCUGUUGCGGUGCUAACGCCGGGCUAAGGAUACGUCAACUCGGUUGAAGAGAGCGAGAGAGGGCGACUGGGCGUAGGAGAAGAAGAACGCGAAGAAGAGGAAUCGGGAAGAGAGAGAGAGAGAGAGAGAGAAUCACUCGAGCAAGAACUAAGAAAGAAGCAGACGAGCGUUUGGCAGAUUGUUGAAAGGUCUCGAGAUCAUGCUUUAGAUUAGAGAGACAGAGCUCCUUCUUCUCAUCUCGCUGUACGAGCUUUGUCUCCUGGAUAAGCGCGGUCAAGCUCUCGAGCAAUCGAGGCGAGAGGCGGAUCUCGAGGGCGGAAGAACACCGCCAGUGCACGUCGUUCCAGGCGAGAGAAGCGAGUCGAGACGGUUCGGAGGUGAACCGAUCGGCGAUUCAAGGGCGAAGAGUUUCUCCCGUUGAUGAGGUAGGAAGAACCAGCAAAGAAGAAGAGGAACGUCCGGGACUCGGAUGAUCAAUCAGAGGCGCAUCUUCCACAAGUGACGGAACCGCAGUCGUUCUUUUACAUUUGUGUUGCACUGAUUUUCCUUCUACUGAGUAAAAUAUUUUGAGAGUGAAAGAGAGAGAGAAAAAGAAACUGAUCUUCCUUCUGCUCAGGUAGAUCUUUUGUGUGUGUGUGUGUGAGAGAGAGAGAGAGAGAGAGGGAGAGAGAGAGAGAGAAGAAGAACAAGAUAGAGUUUGAUAAAUAGAUACUUUGUGUAGAGUCUUGACUGCUCGAUUCUUUCUUAGAAGAAGAAGAAGAAGAAGAUGGAGGAGGAGGUGACGUUUGAGAACUAGAUGCUCCGUGUGGAGUCUGAACUACUCAAGUCCUUUCUUUUUCCUCCCUUGCAAAAAUCUUAAUUAAACAAGCAAAAUUAAAAGAUCGGGAACUCUGCGUUCGUCUGAUAGAUUUUCCCGCUCGCAAUUGCUUCGCCGCUUGACUGAGUGGUCAAGUGAAUUGAUCUACGGAGCUCACUUAUCAGGAGAAAGCUUUCCGUCACUUGAAGAAGGCACAGAGUCCCCGGCGAGGCAGCGGAUCGAAUCACAGAAGGGUUUGAGAAUUCGGGAGAGAGAAUCUGGCAUUCCUUCUUUCCAUGCUCGCGAUAUCGUCUUCGAGUUCCCCCUGUGCGGCGUGCAAGUUUUUGAGGCGUAAAUGCACGCCGGAAUGCAUCUUUGCUCCUUACUUCCCGCCCGAUAAUCCCCAGAAGUUCGCCAAUGUCCACAAGGUGUUCGGCGCGAGCAAUGUCAGCAAGCUGCUCAACGAGCUCCAUCCAAGCCAGCGGGAGGACGCUGUCAAUUCCCUUGCCUACGAAGCUGAGGCUCGGCUCAGUGACCCCGUCUAUGGGUGUGUCGGGAUAAUCUCGUUGCUCCAGCAUCAGCUCAAACAGCUCCAGAUUGACCUCGCUGCCGCAAGAACGGAGCUCUCCCGUUACACGGCUGCCACUGGCAUGACGGGCCCUCUUCCAGCAUCCAUCUUCCAAGCAGCAGCUAUGGCGGCGCACCAGCAGCAGCAAUACUACCAUCAAAACAUAACUGGGACGGGAUCUCUGCGGAUUGGGGUGGGUUUUGCUCCCUCGUCGAGAGAGCAGUUGUACAGGGACCAACAGCAUAUUCUAGAGUCUCAACAGAUGGCCGCAGCUGCUGCAGCAUUGGUGGCUGCUAGAGAACAGCAAGAGAUGACGAGAAACUAUGAUAAUAGCGAAAUCGCAAGGUUCAGAAACUCAGGAAACGAACACGGCAUCAGUGGAGGAGGAAGUGGUGGUGGUGGUGGUGGUGGUGGAGUGGGGUUCAACCAUUUGGCUCUGUCGUCACCACCGUCAUCUGGGUAUAUGAAUCAGUUUCCGGCUGAGCAGCGGACGAGAGGAGGCGAGGAGUAGAUACUAGAAACCCCAUGGAUGUGCAACUUCAGUGCUUUCUCAAGAACCCCAGCAGAUCAACGCCAAACUCGCCUCGCCACGAGUCGAUGUUUCCACCUUUUCUCGCAACAUCCACCGCAACAAUCUCUCUUUCCCAGCUGUGGUGCCGGAGUUAACCAAGUACGUUUGCACUGUUUAUAGAAGGCCCUGAGCACCCCCGGGACAUUAUAGGUGAGCCACAUUGCUUUAUCCUCUUGAAUUUCAGCUUGUUAUCUGACGAAAUAAGGGCUAAAAUGAGUUGCUCAAGUAUUCGGUGUUUCCCUGUGGUUUCUCGACUCUCAGAUGGAACGGAUGUUUCCUAUUCGUUUUUCAUAAGAUGUGUUAAUAAAAUCUUGUGAGUUUGGGGUAUUAAAAAAGACGACGACUGUUUUGCUCUAUGUAACAGACAAACACUACAUGUAAUUGAAUAAAGCUGCUGUCUGUAAGUAUUUAUUUGCAAGAACUA